AAAACAAACAAAGCUCUCUACACAUGUGGUGACUAUACAAAGCUGCCACGCAGCGCAGGGCGUCCGUCUUCGCGGACUGCAAACAAACUGCUCCCUCGACGCAGCAGUUGACUCUCCUGAUCUCUCUGCCAUGGCUGGGCACACCCACGCUCGCUUCCUCCUGGCAUGCCUCGCCGCCUCGAUCCUGUUGACGUCGCAGGCGCAGCCGGCCACGCCGACGGAGGUCAAGGUGGGGUUCAUCGUCGACGCCGGCUCGCCAGUCGGCAAGAUCGCCACGACCACAAUCCCCAUGGCCCUGGAAGACUUCUACGCCGCCUACCCCAACUCCCCCGUUCGGGUUCGGAUCCUGCCGCACGACUCCGGCGGAGACGUCGUCGCCGCCGCGUCCGCCGCGUUGCAGCUGAUGACGGUCCAGGGAGCGCGCGCCAUCCUCGGCCCGCAGUCGUCCGUCGAGUCGGCCUUCGUCGCCGACCUCGCCACGCAGGCGCAGCUCCCCGUCGUGUCCUUCUCGGCCACGAGCCCGUCGGUGUCGCCUGCCACGGCGGCGUUCUUCGCCCGCGCCGCGCUGAGCGACGCGUCGCAGGCCGACGCCAUCGCCGCGCUCGCCACGCACUUCGGGUGGCGCCGCGUCGUGCCCAUCUACCAGGACGACGACUACGGCGCCGCCUUCGUGCCCUUCCUCGUCGACGCCCUCACCGCCGAGCGCACCGAGGUCCCCUACCGCUGCGCGCUCCCGGCCGCGGCGUUGCACGACGCCAUCGCCGCGGCGCUGCUACGCAUGGAGUCCGAGCAGACGCGGGUCUUCGUGCUGCACACGCGCCCCGAGCUCGCGAAGAAGGUGUUCGCCGCCGCCGUGGACACCGGCAUGAUGGCCGAAGGCUACGUGUGGAUCAUCACCGACGGGCUCACGGGCCUCCUCGGCUCUGUCGACCCGCCGCAGGGGGUCAUCGGGCUGACGCCGUACGUACCAGACACGACGCGGCUGCGCGGCGUCAAGAAACGAUGGGCGCACCGGUACAUGCGCGACCACCGGGACGCCGAGCCGGCGCAAGCCGUGAUGGGCUGCUACGCUCUGUGGGCGUACGACGCCGCAUGGGCCGUCGCGUCCGCAGCAGAGCGACUCAGCUCCGGCGACUUAUCGUCGCCACCUGGGCUUGUAGGCGGCAAGGGCGGCCCGACCGACAUCGCCGGGCUCGGCAAGUCAACAUCAGGCCUCAACUUCCUCCGAGCUAUCAACAGCACGAAAUUCGAUGGCCUGGGCGGCAAGUUCGAGCUCGUGAACGGCGAGCUCGCCGUGCCGGCGUUCCAGGUGGUGAACAUCAUGGACAACGGAAGAGAGAGGGGCAUCGGGUUCUGGACGCUCCUGCACGGGCUGAGCCGGCACGGUUCGAACGAGUCGAGAGGCGAGCUCGGGCCGGUGAUCUGGCCGGGAGAUUCGACGGUCCGGCCAACGGGGUGGGUGCAGCCGACGAGCGCGCGGAAGCUGCGGGUGGCGGUGCCGGGGAACGUGUCGGACAGCUACAAGCCGAUCGUGCGGCUGGAGGUGGAUCCGGCGACGAACCAGACGACGGCCAGCGGGUUCGUGAUCGAGGUGUUCGAGGCGGCGGUGCGGCUGCUGCCCUACGCCCUGCCGUUCGAGUACGUGAAGGCGGCGUCCAUGCCCUACGACGACCUUGUCCAAGCGGUUGGCAAUGGGACGUUCGACGCGGCGGUGGCGGACAUCACCAUGACGGCGAACCGGUCGAACCACGUGGACUUCACGCUGCCUUACGCAGGGACGGCCAUCGCCAUGUUGGUGCGGGUGCGCGACCAACGGAGCAACAAGCGAACAUGGGUCUUCCUCAAGCCGCUCCGCUACGACCUCUGGCUCGUCAGCGCCGCCUUUUUCCUCUUCACCGGCUUCGUGGUCUGGGCCAUCGAGCACCGCGGCAACCGCGAGUUCCGCGGGCCGGCCUCCUACCAGGUCGGCACGCUCCUCUACUUCGGCUUCUCCACCCUCGUCUUCGCCCACAGGGAGACGCUCAAGAGCAACCUCUCCAGGUUCGUGGUGCUCGUCUGGGUCUUCGUGGUGCUCAUCCUGCAGUCCAGCUACACGGCGAGCCUCACGUCCAUGCUCACGGUGCCGCAGCUGGAGCCGGCCGUGGCCGACUACGGCGAGCUGCAGCGGGGCACGGAGAUGGUCGGGGUCAUGAACAACUCCUUCGUGCUCAGGGCCAUGACGGCGUCCGGGUUCCCGCAGGGAAGGCUCGUGCGGUACCCGAACUCGCAGACCAUCCAUGAGUGCCUGCUCAACGGCAGCAUUGGCGCCGUCGUAAACGAGACGCCCUACCUCAGGAUCUUCCUCAAGACCUACCGCGACAACUUCACCAUGACGGGACCGCUCAACAAGACCGGCGGGUUCGGGUUCGCGUUCCCCAAGGGGUCGCCGUACGUGACGGACCUGUCGCAGGCCAUCCUAAAGCUCACCGAAAGCGAUGAGAUGAACAUGAUCGAGCGCAAGUGGUUCGGCGACCCCAACGACGAUGGUGCCACGCAGGACGGCGGGCCGUUCACGUCCAACAGCCUCAGCUUCAGCAGCUUCUGGGGCCUGUUCCUUAUCACCGGCGCCACCUCACUCCUCUGCUGCGUCGUCCACCUCGCCACCUUUGUCGCGGCCAACCGACGGGAGCUCCCGCCGCACUUGUCCUGGAAGGACUGGCUCUCGAGUUUGUUCAAGCUCUUCGACGACAAGGACCCCUCGUCGCACACAUUCAGGGUCAAGGACGACGGCGGCGCCGUGUCUGUCCGGAACGACGCGGUUGCCUCCCCUCCUAUUGCGCACAGCGAGCUUGGCAGCCCGCUCAGCGCGCCCUACACGAGCGAGUGGUCGGGGACGGCAAGCCCGGCGACCGGUGAGAUCGAGCUGGCCGCCGGUGGACAGGAGAGGCAUGAGGUGGCUCCCAACCCUGACGGCUCUGGAGAGAAUGGCAGAGGCCAGUAGCUGAUCAACUGCCGUUCGAUCUUCGACUUAUUUCUCUUGCAGCGAACCAAUGAUUACUGAUUGUUCCCAGGGAAUUGCGAUGGUGAUGAGUAGAUUGAUUGUGUGAGCAGUGGGUGUUGAAUAAUUAGGCAUUUUCCCGUUUAGUUUAAUCCAGAAAAAUAAUGGAUAAAAUAUGAAUAGCAAUAUAUUGAUGAAACUAGAAACUAGCAA